AUGGAGGUACAUUGCAACCCUGGUAUGAUUGCCGAGGUGUCGUUUCAAGAUGAAUUGACAUCAACCCUUCAAAACGCGCUCGGUGUGGCUGUGGAGAUCGCCGUUGUCGAAAUCUCCAAACUGCUCGACAGGGCGCUCAGAGACGUUCAGGACAAGGUUCAAGAGGCUCUACAGGACAACGAUGCCCUCAGGUUUAGGCUGCAAACAGCUGAGACCCAGCUGUCUACUAUGCGUGCUCGCCUAGAUCAACAGCCACAAGGGCUUGAAGAUUUUCCCGUCGGUAGUAUUAGUCAGGCGCUGAAAAACUCAAUAAGGUCUCGGGUUCAGCGGGGGCAUCGACAGUUUAAACCCCUUAAUGUCGUGCAUUCCAUUCCCAUACAUGAAACUCAGCUUACUGUGGACUCUGAACAUCAUAACGAUGUAUCCAAGGAAACUAAUGCGAAUUCAUUCGCGACAGAAUCACCCCGUGAGACCUCACAUGGAGAUGUGGGUGCCCAGACGGUAAACCCAAAUACAAAGGAGGAAUCCACGCAAAAUUCAUUAGAGGAGACAAAUGACAUCAAAAAUGACCGACACAUGUCCAAAAAUGAGCAAGCAUGUGAUGGGACAGUUCCAGGUGUGCUGAGUGAUGAAUCAUCUUUGGAAGUGGUUGUAAAGGUGGAAAAAGAUGAGGAUUAUGAUGACCCAAUUCCUGUGUCCCUCACUGGAGAGGAGGAGCCUAACUCUGAAAGCUUUUCUCUGGCUCAGUCUCGAUUACUUGAAGACUGGAGACCCCAGCCAUUUCAUUCAGAGAACUACCAGUCAGACCAGCCCUGCCAAUCCAACUUUCCACUGGACCAAGAUUUUUUGUCAUCUUCGACAUCGGCCCAACACGUCCACUUUCCAAAUCUCCACAAGAACCCUGAGAGGCGUCCAUAUAACUCCGGUCGAAACACACAUCAUUGCAGCUUAUGCGGCCGAGGCUUCAACCGUAAACACCAUCUUAAGAUCCACCAGCGGAUCCAUACAGGGGAGAGGCCGUACGCCUGUUCUGUCUGCAGUGCCCGUUUCCGUCACGCGUUGACACUCACACGCCAUUUCCGCCUCCACACCGGCGAGAUGCCUUAUGCUUGUGAACAGUGUGGAAAAACAUUUAGAAAUGGUGGUGGGUUGAGGUUCCAUCAGUGUUCAAACCCAUCAGCUGACUGAACAAGCAUGCACAAUACAUGACAUAAUACAGUGUUUUGAGAUUUUGCCGGACCGUGUGAACAGGGAUCCGUUUCACAAAGUUGUCGUCUGUACGUGAAACAUUUAAAAAAUGCAAAGGAAAAGUGUCAGUUUUUAGUACAUGUUUUUGUAUAAGCAUACACUUCAAGUUGCUUUGGUUGAAAAAAUCUGUCAAAUAGAUGCCCGUUUUACCUUAAUGCUUAAAAAACUUUUUAUGUAAGUUUUGGAGUGCCUGACAGUAAAGCUAGAAGUAUAGUUCAGUUUUUACGCAUACACGAGGGUCCGCGUUCAGUGUGCGUGAUGCAGAUUUCGUCAUCAGAAUAGCAUGCGUGCACUGCCAGAUUUUUGUAACCAUGCAUACUUCCUACAAGUGGGUGGCGCAUAUGCGUAAAGGAGAAUGAAAUAUGUAGCCCGGGAGAAGCGUUUAAUUUUGUCAUAAUGUACAUGCGUUGAACGUCUGUGUACACGUACGAGUCAAAUAAACUAUGCUUUGCAAGGGCGUACGUUAGCAUACAUGUAAAAAACAAACUAUAUUUCUGGCUUAU